CAGAUUUGAAGCCAUUUUUUUGUAACGCAAUUACUUUUGAUCGUGCACAAAAUUCAUGUGCCCUAGAAACGUUUUAGAUUUUCUAUACAGAAGUCUUUUUCAAAUUCUGGCAUCUCUGGUUUGUUUUUGUUUUGUUUUUUUUUGGGACGCACAACAAGCAGAUCGGAGGGAACUCUGUUCGUGAUGUCGCGCUGUAUUUUUAAAAACUGUUACAACCGGCAGGAGCCGUUUUCUCGAAUUACGUUUUUUAAUUUGCCCAAAGACGAACGGCGGAAAAUCUGGCUUCAAAGAUCUGGCGCUGAGGAGCUUCUGCAGCUAUCAGCCAACGCGCGCCGUUUGGUGUGUGAGUUGCACUUCGACGAGCCGCAUAUCCGUCGGCAGUUUCAUCGAACCACGCUCAGUCGCGAUGCCGUUCCGCUGGACUAUCGGAUACGGAAAGAGUUGAUAGAAGAUAAUUCUGACGAAGAAAGUGACCGAAUACUGGAAGCCACUGUGAUUGGGGAAGGCUCGGAAGAUAGCAAGGAAGCCAAUUUCAACCUAGUAAUGGAUAACGAUUCCAAGAGCAGCAAUGACUCGCAUGUGGUAGUCGAAUUUUACGAAGAAGAACUGCCCGAGGACGCGGUUCCGGAGGAAAGCGAACCAGUUGAUGAUAGUGAAGCAUUGGAUAUUCAACACACGAAAAAAAUUAAAUUCUCUCAGUGCACUGAGAGUGAUAAUUCUUGGGUCACCAGCAGUUCUGCAUUGGCUGAUAGAAAUAUUUCAUCCGAAAAGAGUCGAACUACGGAACAGAAAUCACGUGCAGAAAACUCGACGGAUAUCAAAACAAGUUCCUCCCACGGUAAGAUGACUGAGGAUGAAUAUUUCGCUAUGUCUCUUGUUGGUCCUCUACAGCGAUUGUCGCCGGAGAAACGUGCGAUUGCGAAGAUAAAAAUACUCACCUAUCUUGUACAGCUGGAAUGUGGCAUCGAUGCUCAGUUAUAAUGAAUAUGUUUAGUUUAUGUUAGUUUGUGUUCAAUAGGUUGUCUCUCAUAUUGUAGCGGAACACGUUAUGUUAAUUGCAUAUUGCAAUGAUUAUUAAAAUUAUCAAAGCUGGAUUCCAGACUCUACAUUUUAUAAAAUGAAAAUUUUAUUAUGUUUUCAUGUCCAUGCAACUUUCUGAGUACAAUAAACGAGCUGGAGGUCCGUCGAAAACAGUUGUGCACCAUCCUUUUACUGUUCCGUGAUAUCUACUUGCUUUACGUCAGUAAAAGCUUCAUUCCCUCUUUCCAUCAUCUAAACUGGAGUCACUUCUGCGCGGAAAAUGCGACAAAUUAAAGGCAAAUCUUCGCGAUUCAUGCUAACUUUAUCAAUUUUUUUCGGUCAAUGCUAGAAAAUGUUGCAACUGGCCUCAAGGCCAGUUUCGUGGCUCUGCCUUCCUUUGCGAAGUGAAAACAAACAGUAAUAACUACUAUGGUUACUUUAUUAUAGGAAAAAAAAAACUAAUCUAUAACAAUGCUGCUGCAGCGACAAAUUUCCUUUUUAUAAAUA